AUGUGCGGAAGCCAAGUCCAAGUCGGGCGCCCAGCGCCACCAUUUGCUCGUACCGCGGUUGUUGAUGGUCGUCUAAAGGAAGUCACACUCUCCGCAUACACCGAAGCCAACCACUGGGUCAUCCUGGUCUUCUUCCCUAAAGCCUGGUCCUUCAUCUGCCCUACCGAGAUCAAGGCCUUCUCAGGUCGACUGGAGGAGUUUCUCUACUCGCGAUCCUGCGCCGUCGUCUUCGCGUCGACCGACUCAGAACAUUGCUUGAAAGCAUGGAACGGGACGUCAGAUAUGGAGGGCGGUCUCGGCGGCGUGCACAUCCCGCUGAUCAGCGACUGUGAUCACAGGAUGAGCCGCGACUAUGGCGUCCUGAUCAAAGAGCAAGGCGUUUCCCAGCGAGCUCUAUUCAUCAUCGACCCGAAAGGCAUCGUCAGAUCAAUCACCGUCAACGACGCAGACGUCGGCCGCAGCGUGGACGAAACGCUGCGCGUGCUCGACGCUCUCGCCUUCAAAGACGAGUUCGGCGAAGGCUGCCCCAUCGACUGGAAGAAAGGCGACAAAGGCAUCGAGAUCGCGAGCAAGAACCGCGUGGAGGGCAGCGUCGAGCUGAAGAAGUCCUGGUCAGAAUGGGCUCGCCCCAAACUCAACCGGGCUUGGUCCGCUGCGAGUCAGAAGAGCAUCUCCUCGCAUACUUCGCACAGCAACACCCCGCUCCCCGCCAGCCGUCGACGCGCCGAAUCCAACGAACUGCUGCCAUCCGUCACCAGCGGCGGCAGCGGUCACGCCUCGCAAUUGUCGAGCGGGCAGGCGUCGCCCAUGAUGCACAACGGCCCGAUGAGCCCGUUCUUCAGUCCGACCAGCGUUGCGAACAACGGCAUGCAGUCUCAGAUGGAUAAGGCGCUAUCGCAGCAGCGGUUCGAGAAUAUGCAGGCGGCGAUGCAGAAUCAAAAUAUGAAUCUGGGGCAGGGUAUUGGGUUGGCGAAUUAG